AUGGCUUCACGUACCAAGCGAUUGUCCGAAUGGCGUUUAAGAGCCAGCUCGUCACCUUCAUCAUACGACAAAACCUCGCCACCAUCGUCUCCGGCGUCUCUUCAAACCGCCUACGAGCCUUGUGUUCGCGGCUGGUGGCGUGACACCUUUUGUAGCGCAUCCAAAGAAUUUAACGCCAAUCUUCCAGCCUUCACAUCGCACCUUACUUCCCUUCAUUCCGGCCAGAAACACAUGCACCUUCUUGCACGCAAAUGUACGCAGGCCCGCUUGUAUCCCAACUCAGCUUCACCAAACUGCAAAUACGCACUCAAAGCUCAACUCAGCACACUCAUGGCCGAUAUGGACUUUGCCGCCAAACUACAUGACACGUACUCUGCGGUCCUCGUGAUGUACACAUUUUCCAUUCAGACCGUUAUUGACAGCUUGAAGGUGUCAGAAAAGGAGUGCCGAUGCUCAGAAUACACCGUUAAGGGACAGCAGUGGGCGGUCGAUACGCACGCCGACGUUCUGUUGGAGGCCGUGGGGCCCCUGGUAAUUAGGAAUUGGAAUGUUGAGGAAGUGAGACAAGAAAGGAAUGGAUGGCUUGCGGAAGAUGAUCGAUGCGCUGCCAGAGCAAAAGGACUGAAGGGGAUGGCUAUGGUGAAGAAAUACUUUCUUCGGCAGAUGAAGCAGGCUCAGGAGGCGGAAGAUGGCUCCAAUGUGAGCAUCCGUGGAACCGGGACUAAGGACGAGGACGGAAAGGAAGAGGAUAAACGUGAUAUCUCAUUGUCCCCAACCUUUCACGACACCGAAAACAAGCCAUCACGUACAAACCACCAAACACCAUUUCAAGCCUACGCCUUCUCCCACCUCUACUCAUCCAACGCAGCCACAUUCGCAGUUAAAUCAAACAACAACAUCGUUUCCACCACUGGCACUCGCCAAAACACUGAGCUGGAUCCCCUCCUCAUCCUCUACCUGCAUCACCUCUUCCUCAACUUCCUUGACUUCAUCGUAUGA